GGAUUUAAAGCGACAGCUUUUUAACUUAGGUGGUUUAAAAGUCUAUUGAAUUCAUUUUCUUAAUAUCUCGCAAAAACAUAAACAGGAACACUAGUAAACAGUUUCUAAUUUCAGACGCAAGCCGAAGAAAGAGGUGUGUUUUGCGUUUCGCGUUGUUUCUCGCUCUCUUUUCUUUUACGUUGAGAGAUUUGAGGUUUCGAUUCUUUGCUGUGGGAGAUUAAUCUUACCGGUAGCGAUUUUAUUGGGUUUCAUAGGAGUUUUGAAAUUUACUGUUCGGAGUGAUUCAGAAAUGGCUUUGGGAAAGAAAUGCACUUCUCUGAAAUUGAAGCGUAGCAAUUCGGUUGCUGGUCAUGAGGGUUAUGAGUUAGGGCUUGUAAACUAUACGCGAGGGCUUGGGAGAAAAAGGAUUGUGAUUUCCAACAAUGGCGACGCAUUGUUUCCUUUGAAUUCUAGCCUAGAGACUCCAUUGAAAAAGCGUUGCGGCGAAAGAAUGGCUGUGGUCUCUGAGAGGUCUCCUCUGGAAGCUUUGCCUCAGGAUAUUCUGAUUCGGAUUCUGUGUUGUGUAGACCAUGAGGACUUGAAGCAGCUAGUUCAAGUAUCUAAAUCGAUUAGUGAAGCGACUUUGAUUGCAAAGCAAUGGCAUUUUGCUUACAGCACACCUAGAAAAACUCGUGCAUUCCGAUCCGCAAUUGAUUUCCAGGAUUGCGGUGGUGAGGUCGAUGAGAUUGAAACUCCGAUUGCUCCAAAGCAAACAAGGCUGCCUAGGUCACGCCUGAGCAGGAAGAAACUGGAAAGUAUAUCUGUGGCUUUGUUUGCUUGCCCGGACGACGAAGACCAUAGGCCGAGGAAAAACCUAUUCGCAGAGUCACAGGAAGCUUGUUGAACGGAUUUGUACAUACAGACUUUACAGAUUUUGGUAAAUUGUUGUUGUAGAUUUGGGGCUAUAGGAAAAAAGGGGGGGGAAAAAAAAAGAAUAGGGGCUGUGAUAUCAGAUAGGUCUCUGACUGGUUUUGGUUUUUUGGGGUUUGUACAUGUCUGGAAAUCUUCCACGAGUCAGGUUUCUUCAAAACGUUUCAUUGAAGAUGAGGGUUUGGCUUGUUUGUAACUUUCUGUACAUGUAUUAGGGACACAGGUUCGAGAUUCCACUAUUCAUGUUUUUCAAGGGCACAACAUUUGAGCCCUCCAAUUCUGAUAAAACUGUACAGUUUUGGGUCUGCUUUAAUCAUUGAACUGUAAGAAUAGAAAUAAUGUUUAAUUCCCUUCCCACGUAUUUAUUUUGUAUAUUGAUUGCCAUUUUUGCA